GACGUUUCAGACCAGAAUCGGUGGAAGAGGUGCAGGUCUUCCUGAUGUCGGAUGAGAAAAAGGACUCACAAGAACCAGCAACUCCCUCAUCGGAAAAUGGUGAACCUGAUGAACGUACAUCUGUUCUUGAGUCCUCCACGCAGACCACGCCCCCUCCGCACUCCCAACAACACAGGGGGCAGAGUGAGGAUGAACUUUCCGUUUAUGCAUCCUCUCCCUACGCUCCCAGGGGCUCCGUGAGAUCACAAUCUCCUCUUCCGGCCCCCCCACAUUCACCACCACCACCACCACCCCACAGGACAACAGUGGCAACGAUGACGGAACCAUCCAGAGGGGACUGGUCACCUGCAGCAUCCAACGAGGAACGACACAGCAGCCGUCCCCUCUUUCCAGCUGUAGCAGCACCACCCACACCAUCACCCCAGGCACGCAGCACUCCACAGACGCCGGCUCUUCCCCAAAGGCAGCGGAAAUCAUCCAGCCAGGAGGAAACGUACACGCAGAGGACAACAGGAUCCUCCCCUUCAGUCGUGAUGGAGUCUCCGCCUCGACCCCGCGGCGUGACAGCAGAGGAACAGACCAUCAUAGACGAAUUCCUUGCUUAUGAAGCAAUGAUGCGCUCACACCCACUACCUGCUGCUUCUGCUCCACCACUGCUGGAACCUACGCCUGUCGCCCUCCGUCGCCGGAUGGAAAAGAGCACACAGAGGCAACUUUCCUUCCAGCAAACGACUCACCCACCGCUCACCGCAGCCACCGCCACCACCCCCACCGAGUCUGAUAAAUCACCUUCAUCUCAGUGUCGUCGACGUUGCCUUCCUCCGCUUAUCCGGGUCCGAGUCGCGGGGGCAGCAUCCCAACUAGGGACCUCCAGACCGUCCUCUCCCCAGCCUUCUCCACCAGCUCCUCCGGCAGGACCCCAAGGCGUUCCCGAACCAGAUUGGAGAUGUAACCUCUCCAACAUGCCCUGGGUCGACCCAGGGGCCUCCUACCGGCACGACAUGCCCGAAACACCUCCCCGGGGAGGCGUCCAGGAGGCAUCCUGACCAGAUGCCCAAAUCACCUCAACUGGCUCCUUUCGAUCCGGAGGAGCAGCGGUUCUACUCCGAGUCCCUCCCGAAUGUCCGAGCUCCUAGCCCUAUCUCUAAGGCUGAGCCCGGCCACCCUACGGAGGAAACUUAUUUCGGCCGCUUGUAUCCGCAAUCUCGUUCUUUCGGUCAUUACCCAAAGCUCAUGACCAUAGGUGAGGAUUGGGACGUAGAUCGACCGGUAAAUCGAGAGCCUGGCUUUCUGGCUCAGCUCCCUCUUCGCCACUACAGAUCGGCUCAGCGUCCACAUCACUGCAGAUGCUGAACCAAUCCGCCUGUCGAUCUCCCGAUCCCUCCUACCCUCACUCGUGAACAAGACCCCGAGAUACUUAAACUCCUCUACUUGAGGUAGGACCUUUCCCCCGACCAGGAGUUGGCAAGCCACCCUUUUCCGGUCGAGAACCAUGGUCUCAGAUUUGGAGGUGCUGAUCCUCAUCCCAGCCACUUCACACUUGGCCGCGAACCUACCCAGCAAGAGCUGAAGGUCAGAGCUGGAUGAAGCUAGGAGGACCACAUCAUCCGCAACAAGCAGAGACGAGAUUCUCCUGCCACCAAACUCGACAUACUCCACACCACGGCUGCGCCUAGAAAUUCUGUCCAUAAAAGUAAGGAACAGAACCGGUGACAAUGGGCAGCCCUGGCGGAGUCCAACCCUCACCGGGAACAGGUCCGACUUAAUACCGGCUAUGCAGACAAAACUCACGCUCCUCUGGUAAAGGGACUGAAUGGGCUUUAACAGAAAGCCACCCACCCCAUACUCCUGGAGCGUCCCCCACAGGGUGCCCCUGUGGACAUGGUCAUAAGCCUUCUCCAAGUCCUCAAAACACAUGUGGAUUGUUUGGGCAAACUCCCAUGCCCCCUCCAUCACCCUUGCAAGGGUAUAGAGCUGGUCCACAGUUCCACGGCCAGGACGAAAACCACAUUGCUCCUCCUCAAUCUGAGAUUGAACUAUCGAUCGGACCCUCCUCUCCAGUACCUUGGAGUAGACCUUUCCAGGGAGGCUGAGGAGUGUGAUCCCCCUAUAGUUGGAACACACCCUCAGGUCACCCUUCUUAAAGAAGGGGACCACCACCCCGGUCUGCCAUUCCACAGAAACUGCCCCCGAUGACCACACAAUGUUGCAGAGACGUGUCAACCAUGACAGCCCUACAACAUCCAUAGCCUUCAGAUACCCAGGACGAACCUCAUCCGCCGCCGGGGCUCCGCCGCUGUGUAGUUAUUUGACUACCUCAGCAACUUGUGCCCCCGAGAUUGGACAUUCCAUCCCCAGGUCUCCCGGCUCUAGUUCCUCCUCUGAAUGCGCAUAGGUGGGAUUGAGAAGCUCCUCAAAGUAUUCCUUUCACCAUCCGACUGUAGCCCCGGUUGACGUCAGCAGCUCCCCAUCCCCACUGUAAACAGUGUGAGCGAGUUGCUGCCUUCCUCUCCUGAGGCGCCGGACAGUUUGCCAGAACCUCUUUGGAGCCGAUCGAUAGUCUUUCUCCAUGGCCUCACCAAACUCCUCCCACGCCCGAGACUUUGCCUCGGCAACAGCCACUGCUGCACCCCGCUUGGCUGUCCGGUACCUGUCUGCUGCCUCCGGAGACCCACAGACCAGCCACGCCCUGUAGGCCUCCUUCUUCAGCCUGACGGCUCCCUGAACCUCUGGUGUCCACCAUCGGGUACGGGGGUUGCCACCAUGACUGGCACCGGUCACCUUGCGACCACAGCUAGCAACAGCCGCCUCAACAAUCGCAGAGUGGAACAAGGCCCACUCGGAGUCAAUGCCCCCACUGCUCUCGGGACGUGGUCAAAGCUCUGCCGGAGGUGGGAGUUGAAGACCGUCUUAACAGGUUCUUCUGCCAGGCGUUCCCAGCAGACCCUCACUAUGCGUUUAGGUCUGCCAGGUCUACGCGGCAUCUUCCCCUGCCUUCUGAUCCAACUCACCACCAGGUGGUGAUCAGUUGACAGCUCCGCUCCUCUCUUCACUCGGGUGUCCAAAACAUACGGCUGCAGGUCAGGUGAUACGACUACAAAGUCUAUCAUCGACCUGCGACCAAGGCUGCCCUGGUACCAAGUGUACCGAUGGGCAUCCUUAUGUUCGAACAUGGUGUUUGUUAUGGCCAAACUGCGGCUUGCACAGAAGUCCAAUAACGAAACACCACUCGAGUUCAGAUCAGGCGGGCCGUUCCUCCCAGUCACACCCCUCCAGGUCAAGCUGUCAUUGCCCACGUGAGCAUUGAAGUCCCCCAGCAGGACAAUGGAGUCCCCUGAUGGAGCACUAUCUAGCACUCGUCCCAGGGACUCCAAAAAGGGUGGGUACUCUGAACUGAUAUUUGGCCCAUAAGCACAAACAACAGUCAGAACCCGUUCCCUGACCCAAAGGCGCAGGGAAGCUACCCUCUCGUCCCCCGGGGUAAACCCCAACACACAGGCAGAGAGUCUUGGGGCUAACAAAAAGCCAACCCCAGCCCUCCGCCUCUCACCUGGAGCAACUCCAGCAAAGGAGAGUGUCCAACCCCUCUCAAGGACUUGGGUUCCAGAGCCAAUGCUAUGUGUCGAGGUAAGUCCGACUAUAUCUAGCCGGUACCGCUCAACCUCUGCCACAAGCUCCUGCUCCUUCCCCGCCAGCGAGGUGACAUUCCAUGUCCCAAAAACUAGUUUUCUUGUCCAUGGAUCGGACCGCCAAGGCUCCCGCCUUGGUCUACCACCCGAUCCACAUUGCACCGGACUCUUCAUGUUCCUGCUGCGGGUGGUGGGUCGACAGUUGGAUGAGCCCAUGUAUCCGGUUCGGGCUGGGCCCGGCCAGGCCCCAUGGGCGAAAGCCCGGCCACCAGGCGCUUGCUCAUGGGUCCCAACCCCAGGCCUGGCUCCAGGGUGGGACCCCGGUAACCCUCCGGGCCGGGUAAUCCGACUCUUUGACUGUACCUCCAUGAAAGAUCCUGUGAAUCGUUCUUUGUCUCACCCUUCACCUAAGACCAAUUUGUCAUGGGAGACCCUACCAGGGGCACAAAGUGCCCCAGACAACAUAGCUCCUAGGAUCAUUAGGGCACUCAAACUCCUCCACCAUGAUAAGGUGACGGCUCAAGGAGGAGUAUUUCAGUGUCAUUUAAAAAAUAAUUCCGAACAGUUGAAACUGAUUUAUUUCUUUUUAUAACAUUGUUUAUUAUUCCCCAAGUUGCCUUUAUAUUGUUUUUAUUUUUUUCUAGUAGAUUGCUAUAAUAAUUUUUUUGUCAUUUUAAUAUUGAAACUAAUUUAUUCUUAUAUUUUUUUUAUCUGUGCUCAGCUUCGCUGGUUCUUUAAAAAGCUUCUGUAUAGGGCUUUUUUUUCUUGCAGGCAUUCUACAGUCCUUUUGUCAACCAUGGUUUAUUCGUAUUAUCUUUUUUGUAAGUUUUUUUUAUUUUACAGUUUUUUUCAUAUUGACUGCACAGUAUUCUUAUAAAAGAGCUGUAAGCCAAGUUUACAUCAUUCAUAUAUAUUUCAUCCCAGUUUUGCUGUUCUAGGGCUCUAUUAAAUGAGUCUAUGGCUUUUUGUGAUUGAUCCUUAUAAGAUUUUCCAUUUGAGGUUGAUGUCUAAUCUGAUCAUUCUUGUAGCAUGUGAAAACUGGCAGAUGAUCACUAAUAUCAGUCAUUAUGAUUCCAACACUCUCCAACCCCCCUGAAACAUUACUGAAUAUGUUAUCCAUAAUCGUUGAGCUUUGUACAGUAAUUCUUGUGGGUUUGGUUAUCAGAGGAAACAGACCAAGUAGAUGCAUGGAGCUUACAAAGUUGCUUGAUAAAUUGUAUUUUUCAAAUCAAUGUUGAAGUCCCCACAGAGAAACAAAUUCUUGUUACCGAUUCCAUUUACCAUUCCCUAAACAGUGUUUGUGAAUGUUUCAAUACAGGAACCUGGUGCUCUAUAAA